UCUCUAAACCCAUUCAGGUAUUCAAUUGUGCAAAAACCCCAUAACUGAUAUUUUGACCCAUUUUUCACCUUAAGUCCCACCCAGUCCCCCCUUUUUUAAAAGCAAAACCAGUUCAACCACAUAAAAGUAAGAACCGCAUUAUAAGGAUACAACUGGACUACUUGCUAUUCCCAUGCACUGGAACGUAUACAGUUACACCUUUGUCUGUGAUCAGUUUAGAUGGCCAGGAGGGUAGAAAUUGUUCCAAUUCAAAAUCAAAGGUAAUCAGAAUUGUAACUGUAUCAUGUAAAAUGAGCAAUGGAUUUAAUGUGCACAGGCUUUAAACUAAAAGAAUGAUCUCAAUUCGAAUCACGACACAGAAGGUACUGAUUUUUUGGUUGUAUGUGGCAUUGGGAUUCGUGGAAAUAUUUAGAAAUCACAUUAGACCAAUACAUCAUGUAUAAGAUUUUAGACAAUAUGAUUAGUGAAUUUUGAGUUUUUGUGGUUGCCGAAAAGUUCUGGAUUUUUUUCGUAGCCAGUAAUUUGCACCUGUUUUUUGUGUGGGGCACAUAUCUUGAAAGGUCAAACCUUGUUGCUGGGGGGUGGGGCAACUGAAAAUGCAGGGCUGGUGUUAAGUUUUUCGUAAAGGUUUAUUUUAUGUUUUAAAUUCAUAUAAUGUAUAAUUUCUUUUAUUUAUUUAUUACUUUUUUUUUCUCCAGAAAUGAAAACAAUGGAGGGCAAAGUGUGGCAGCUCACAGGCGCGGACACAACAUGUGGCUGUGAAGCCAUUGGCCAGUUGUUUAUUGAUAGUGCAGAGAGACCCAGAACGGCAUCUGCAACAGAUGGCAGUACAUUUGUAUGGUCGGUGGACCAACAGCUGACUCUGUUUCAGGGGCAGCACACUUGCAUCAAACAUUUCCAGAGCAGAAUCGAUGACGUGGCCUUAGCCCCGGGUGGGCUUAUAGCCGUGGCUGAGAGCCGAGGAUCGGUCACUGUCGGAGUCCUCCAGACUUCCGAGACUGGAAUCCUUUUCAAGGAAAAAAACCACUGCAACUUUGUUCCAGAGAAUGAGAGGUUUGCUGACGUCACGUUUGUGAAAGUCAUCUUUCAAGUCUGUGAGGAAGAAAGUUCCUGUAGGUUGAUGUGCUUGUCGUCCGGAGGGUUGCUGCUGGUCUUCCGGAACAUUAGGCUUCUGGAUGGAGAUAUUGACCUGUCUGCCGUGAAAGUGGACAAGCUGAGAACCAGCCACAGCCAGUCCUGGGAUGUUGCUGCGACGGAGUCGAACGUUUACACUGUGGGUGGUGGGGCUUCCUGUUUGAAUGUCUUCUCUUGUGAGGAUGAAGGUCAACUGGUACCACAAGAACAAGUCAGUGAGGACGGUGAUCCAGAAAUGAGGGCGUUGGCAGUGCUGUCAAACGGAGAUGCUCUGCUGACAAUGGAUUCGAAGGGAACGUUUUACCUUUUUGACACAGUGGUCUUGAUGGUAGUGCACACGUGGUCAGGACCGGGCUGUGUGGACUUCAGAAUUGUGGAUCCAAGAAGUGACAAGCCCUUCAAAUUGGAGAACUUCAAGCUGGUGGCUCUGGUGCCUCAGGAGGAGAAGGUUCAGCUACUGAGUCUGCCGGAUCGGAGGUCGCUUUUUGAGCAGCGGAUCAGCGGCAGGGCAAGCCUAGGGAAGGCUUUGAUGUCUCAGGAAGAGAUUUUCACUACGGAAUGGAAAAGCAUAGAGGAUGAAGACGGGGCUGAGACGACUGUUGUCUAUCGCUGCUAUGCUGAAACUAACCCACAGCAGAGGUUGCUUCGUCUCAUAGCCAAGAAGAGGUUUGCAGAAGCCCAAGAACUUGCCACAAUGUACGGACUUGACUACAAUUUUGUCCCACACAUCGUUCAGUCCAAGAUUUGGCAGACAUUCCCGACCCUGGCGGAGAUGGAGGACCACCUGAGACAGUGUGCCACUGAGGCAAGUCCACUUUGUUAUAGUAACUGUUUUAUGGCGCUUGCAACACAAUAAGGUCAUA